CCCUUUAAUAUAAUCGAUAAAUACAACGUAUGACGUCACUCACAAUACCACGGAAAUUCAUGAAUGAGAACACUCUCAUGGGUAAAUCGCUACAGUCAGAAUAUGCUCCGCUCAAUAGUGCACGGCGUUAAAAAGUUCAAUUUUAUCCGCGGAAGUCCGCGCGAUUCUUUCAUUGCGCAAUGUGUGAACAGCGGUACGAAAGGUUGCUUCCAGAAUCAACAAACUAUUAACUAUUGCACAGAUUACACGGAUUAUGUCGUCAUCGAUUUUUCAAAACGUGAUUUUGAUGACGACACAAGCACAGACCUUGACGUCAAAACGAUUUCCCCCAACUUGGAAAGCAAUCCCGAGUUUGUGUACUUGGAGGGCAUCCAGGAGAGACAUUACUGGGGAAAGAUCCGCUCCCUCAUGAGGGACCUCGGGUACAAAGGGUAUCUUGAGGAUCUCAGGCAUGGGCGGGGAAAGGGAAUCUUCAUAAGAAACGACGUGGCGGAUCUAGUGAAGCCUUACGGGGGGACUGUGUAUAGGUCUAAACGACCCAACCCCUUGUAGGCGUCUGCUUGUGAUGCUGGAGAAGGCAAGGUCGACACUCAUUGGUAAAUCUACUUGACACCAAAAGCAGAAACAUAAAGCAAUCAUUUCUUUGGACAUCAGUUAUUGUAUGUGGUGAUAUAAUUAACAAUAUACUCAUAUGUUUACAGUUUUGUUUGUGGAACUGACUAGUUGUUAUGUUGCAUAAUAUUUAUGAAUUUGUUUUGCCAAAACAAUUA